AUGGGAAGGCCCAUCCUGGGUGUGGGUGGCACCACUAAAGGGGAGGAAGGCCUGGAUAUAAUGAAUAGAGAAACUGUGCAUGAAAGGAAAGUGCAAACAGCAAUACAAAUAGGCCAAUCAUGGGCUGAAAGUUUGAUCCUGAGUGAUAGUGAUUUUGAGAAGUUGGAGAAACUAUAUUCUCCUAAAAGAAUUGACUUCACUCUGCUUUCAGCAGCACCUUCACCCACUAAAGGAUUUGGGAAGCAAUUGUUUUCACCAUAUUUGCAAAUGUUUGUGUAUAGCAGUGGAUUGUCAUCAAGUCCUGUUUCUAAUCCAAGACGAUUUUCAACCAGAAGAACCAGGAGAAGUCAGAGUCCAGGGAAGUGAAUUAGACCUAGUGUUCUCCCUCCUCUUAAAAGAAAAGGUGAGAUGGAAACAGAAAGCCAACUGAAGAGACUCUUUCAAGGCACCACCAACAUGCUCUGUCUGAAUACAGAGCAACUGUCUGAUCUCCGUUCAUGGUGGUAUUAUCAAAGAGAAGAAAUUCCUGCCUUCACCAGAUGUGUGGAGCAUCUACAAAUAAAUAAUGUUCUUUAUAUAAAAAAUUGUGUACAAAAGGAGGCAUCUAUGGGGCUGUUAGUGUUUCUGGUGGUAUCGUGGGGCCUUAGGUGCCUUGGUGAAUGUAAGGAACAAAAACUACUGCACUUGUGUCUUUUGAAGGCAGAGAUCCUUGGACUUUAA